CUCAAAAGUUAUACUUAUUGUGCCCUGUUAAUAGAGUAGCACCCAAAUUGAAGUGUAAAACCCCUCGUACCCAAAAACCCUUGUCGUCGGCCGUCGGCGAUUAUCAUCCAAUCAAUCAAAUUUGAAGGAAUGGAUCAACAAAACCCACAAGCACUCCCGGAACCAGUUACCUAUAUUUGCGGAGAUUGUGGACAGGAGAAUACGUUGAAGGUUGGUGACGUCAUUCAGUGCCGAGAAUGUGGUUACCGUAUUCUUUACAAAAAGCGUACCAAAAAAGUUGUUCAGUAUGAAGCUCGUUGAAGAACAAACUUGUGAAGGGAGGCUUGCAGUAUUAUUCUUGAGUAUGUUUAGUGCAAUCAAAUGAUCUUGUAACAAGGGGACACCAACUGGAGUAUGAAUGUGUGAAAUUUGGAUAUAAUGAUUAUAUCUAUGUUUUGGAUGUUAUGUAAUGGAGUGUGAUCUUGCCUUUCUGUUUAGUAAAAUGGUUUGGAAGUACAACUAUUUAACAUAUUA